AUGGCACCAAGCGCCAACCCUGUUGUGGUCCAAGAGACCAAGAAGACGCCGCUGCAGCUCAUUUCCCAAGGAACAUGCCUUCCUGGUAUUCCCAAGCAUCCUACGUUUGCAGCACAGAGGCAAUGGAUGCUAGGGAAAAUGGCUCUGGCAUUUCGUGUAUUUGCCCGCAAGGGAUACACAGACGGGAUGGCUGGCCAUAUUUCCAUCCGGGACCCAGAAAACCCACAUACAUUCUGGACAAACCCAUUGGCAGUCCAUUUUGGCAUGCUGAAGGCAAGCGACAUGAUUCUCGUCAACUACGAGGGCAUGCCAAUCGGCGAUCCCAGUCUGUCAAUGCUGAAUCACACUUCAGGAAACAUGAGCAGGCCAGUAAACGCAGCAGGUUUCCUAAUCCACAGUGCCGUGCACCAGGCUCGCCCUGACGUUAUUGCCGCUUGCCACACUCACAGUGUUCAUGACAUGGCAUGGGGUGCGUUUGGUCGGCCUCUGGAGAUGUUAACACAGGAUAUUACGUAUCUAUACGGUGACGCCCAAGCGGUAUACAAGGAUUUUGGAGGCGUUGUACUUACCCAGGAAGAGGGUGAUAAGAUUGGAGCUGCAUUAGGUCCCAAGGGAAAAGGCAUGAUCUUGCAGAAUCAUGGUCUACUCACAGUUGGCUCAACGGUCGACGAGGCAUGCUUCUUGAUGACUCUCAUGGAGCUUGGCUGUCAAUGUCAGCUCCUUGCAGAAGCUGCGGCAGCGAAUGGAAUACCAAAAGUAUAUAUCCCUGAUGAAAGUGCGAGAUACACUUUCGAAAACUCCAGCGACCCGGAGACUCUGUACUGGGAAGGGCAAUCUGAUCUAGAGUAUGAGGCGUAUAUGUCCAACAUGUCUAUGUCCAUCGAAGAUGCUGCCAAAGCUCGUCCGGGAUUCCCCCGCCCAUUCCCCAACACACCGAACAAUGUUCUUGAGCAGCUCAGCCUCAAGGAGAAAGUGAUUGUCGUGACUGGGGCAGCCGAUGGGAUUGGCCUCGCGGUAGCGGAAGCCAUGGCCGAGGCUGGCGGGCAUGUGGCUCUUUGGUACAAUUCGAAUGAUGCCGCUGUUUCUCGGGCCGAGGAGCUGGCGAACGCGCAUGGAAUCAAGUCAUCAGCAUUCAAGGUUGACGUCUCAAACACUGAGCAAAUUGAGAAGGGUUUGGCUGCCGUUGUCGAAAAGUUCGGCAAAGUUGAUGUUUUCGUUGCGAAUGCUGGUAUGGCACUCUGCAAGCCGAUUCUGGAGCAGACGCUUGAUGAAUAUAAACAGCAAAUGUCGGUUAACGUUGAUGGCGUGGUCUAUUGCUCCAAAUUAGUAGGCGCCAUCUUCAAGCAACAAGGCUUUGGGAAUCUCAUCAUCACAUCAAGCAUGAGCGCGCACAUUGUCAACGUACCCGUUGAUCAGCCUGUCUACAACGCAACCAAGGCCUUCGUUACCCACUUUGGCAAAUGUCUUGCUCGCGAGUGGCGCGACUUUGCACGGGUGAAUAUUGUGUCUCCUGGGUUCUUUGAUACUAAGAUGGGCGCAGGCCCAGAAGGCCUCCAGGAAGCGUAUCGAAUGUCUACCUUAGGUAGACAAGGACACGUGAAGGAAAUCAAGGGGCUUUACUUGUACUUAGCUAGUGAUGCUAGUACAUAUAUGACAGGGAGCGAUGUCCUUAUCGACGGAGGAUAUGUCUUGCCGUAG